CCGGUAAAGCAGCUCGCCUUUCUUUUCGGGUUUCUGUCGGAGUGCUCCUCAAGUGUGUUAGUAUAAAAUUAAGUAAAAAAGUGGCAAAAACGAGGACUUGUAAGUGAAAUUGAACAAAGUAGCAACGAUGGCCGACUUAGACGACUUUUUCGCAAAGAAAGACCGCAAGAAGCAAAAGAGUACGAAAAAAUUCGCGACUACCGACGAAGUUGCAAAAAAACUCGAAGACAACGCUAAGAAAUCGGAGAAACAGAAAAAAGAACGUGUCCCUGAAGGCGACGAAAGCUCCACUCCGGCCCAUGAUCAGGACGAAUGGAAGGACUUCGAGGAGGAGAAGAAGGACUACAGCGGUCUUAAAAUCGGUAAUUUGACUAUAACGUCGCCGACGGAUGGGAGCACAGGGGCCACAGAAACCAGCACUGAGCAGCAGCAAGGCUUCGAUGAAGCGGGGCAGGAGAGCGAAAAGAAAGUGGGGCCUUGGAAGCGGGUCGAUGUUGAGGUUCAGGAGGAGCCUGUGAAAGUCCCGGAGAAGAAACCCGAGCCGCCGCCGGUGACCAAGGGGAUUGGGGGGGCUUAUGUGCCACCCAGUAUGAGGAACCAGCCCCAGCAGUCGCACCAGAGCCAGCCCACGCGGUUACGGUCUAAAGCCGCCCCCGAUAUCCACAAUGAAGAAUUUUUCCCCACAUUGUCCAAAACAAGUGAUCAUAAGAAAAAUCGUAGCGAAGGAGCGUUUGAAGUAGUGCAACACACCAGGGCGGGAUCUCAUCGACAAGUAGAACAAGCGAAGGCGAGUUCAGGGCAGGGCCCCAAACUGUCUCUUGAAAAUCGCUAUAAUACUCUGAGCGACAGCUAGUGACUUGUACUGUUUAGAGACAUGUUUCAAAUAAGUGAUGGCUGAUUCGACUGUGGAACACAUGAGUAGUACUGUCUCAUUUCAGGCAAUUCUAAGAAGUCUGUCAAACUACCUUAAAUUUUAAGUUAAUUUCCUUCCUGUUUUUAAAUUAAAAUGUAUUUAAAACGCAAAUUUAGGAAAUUUUAUUCAACAAUUAGGUCUGUUUUCGGUUUCAAACGUUAUCAUUUUUUACAAAUACAAAUUUAUAAGCAUU